GCAUAAGGUGGUUAUAAAAGGAUCAGGCCCGCCCAUCCCCUUAAUUCUUCCCCUGGCUGAGCCCUGUUGGCUCCGUGUGUUACCAUGCCUGAACCYGCCAAGUCCGCUCCGGCCCCYAAGAAGGGCUCYAAGAAAGCCGUCACCAAGGCCCAGAAGAAGGACGGCAAGAAGCGCAAGCGCAGCCGCAAGGAGAGCUACUCCAUCUACGUGUACAAGGUGCUGAAGCAGGUGCACCCCGACACGGGCAUCUCGUCCAAGGCCAUGGGCAUCAUGAACUCGUUCGUCAACGACAUCUUCGAGCGCAUCGCCGGCGAAGCGUCCCGCCUGGCGCACUACAACAAGCGCUCGACCAUCACGUCGCGGGAGAUCCAGACGGCCGUGCGCCUGCUGCUGCCCGGGGAGCUGGCCAAGCACGCCGUGUCCGAGGGCACCAAGGCGGUCACCAAGUACACCAGCUCCAAGUGAGUCCCCGCCGGGGACGCGCUGGCUUCCAAAGGCUCUUUUCAGAGCCAUCCCACCUUUCAGUGAAAGAAGCUGUCUUAAUUUCGAGUUUGCCUUUUUGACUUACAUUGUAGUCAAGAAAAUCCAUCCUGUUGAGCACUUACCCACCUGUCAAGCAGUUGGUUAAUGUUGGAGAAAUCAUAAUGUGGGUUUUCUCAGCCAGUUGGGAAAUAUUGCGGUAAAUGCUCUUAAAAUUUCUUUUGCCUUGGCCUUGUUGUAUCUGUUCCUACCUAGUGAAAUGCUAUUUGACAAGCUUGCCUACGCAGGAUAGAAAAGUCUAAACAAAGGCACAACCAUGUUAAAAACGUGAGAUUUUUUUUUAAAAAAAUUUUUAAAAAUGAUUCUGAGGUGUUUAUGAUAUAGGACCGCUCUGUUUAUCGUAUAAAACCAAAAUCAUAUGGUGAUAGUGUUUUCCCCCACUACCACUUUAAAAAGCUUUUUAGAUUUAAGGGUUAAUUGUAUACAACAGCAACAAAAUAUGCUGGAUUUCACAAUUGAUUUUGGGGAGGUCAAAUAUUUCACAACAGAGGUUGAUUGGUUUGAGAGUAUUUGUGCUUUGAGAACCCUUGGACUGUUUUAGGCGGGGAAUGAAGUAACAGAACUUAACCUUAAAAAAGAAAGAAACUGGGGAUUAUUGGCUGACCAUAGUAGAAGAACUUGAUGCUGUGUUUGGGGCUAGAGCUGUGGAAGUUUUUCUUUGAAGAGGCAGCAGUAGGAGCUGGGGCUAUGGCAAACCUAUUGCCUAGUGCAUUGGAGACCUUGAGUUCCGCCCUCAGCACUGCAUAGAAAUAAAUAAAUAAAACAACAUGCUGUCCAUCUACAACUACAAAAAAAAAAAAAGGCAUCAGUACAAUAGAGUAAGGAUUUGAAAGCAAGAAUGAUUAUAGACAAUGUGCUUUGGAGGGCACAACAUGGGGGAAUCAGAGAACUGAGUUACUCAUAGAACUCGGACAACCUUAGAGACCUGCUAUAACUUCAGACUUCCAAUUAAGCCAGCUUGUUUGACAUUCUCUUACUUAGCUUGAAUCUUGAAACAUUUUGGGAAUAACAAUAAUUUCCCAGAAUAUUAAAAAUGAUGCUAGAACCUUUACGUUGAAAAGUCUCAUAGAAGUCAAAUAUGGGAGAUGAGGAAAAACAGCUAUAUAGGUUUGUUUCAUUUUUCUUUUCUCUCUCUCUCUCUCUCUCUCUCUCCCCCUUCUCUCUCUCUCUCUUUCUCAAU